ACUCUAUAUGUUCACACUUGAGCCAUUUUCUCCAUCAAGACUGUCACCAACUAAAGCUUCUUUUACUCUAAACGAAACCCGUCUGAAAACUCACCGGAAGAGUUUUAUUCCGGCAACGUUUGGCUCGCAGAGUCAGAGACUCAUCAAUAGAUUGGGAACAAUGGCUUCUGCUAAUCAGCAGUUUCCUCCCCAGAAGCAGAAGGCACAGCCUGGAAAAGAGCACGUCAUGAACCCAAUUCCUCAGUAUGCUUGCCAAGAAUACUCGCCAUCAAAUAAGCUGAAAGGAAGGGUGGCGCUGGUGACCGGAGGCGACUCCGGGAUAGGGCGAGCGGUGUGUCACUGCUUUGCGCAGGAGGGUGCAACUGUGGCUUUCACGCAUGUAAAGGCUCAAGAGGACAAAGAUGCAAAGGAUACUCUUGAGAUGCUGGAAAAGGCCAAGACCUCGGACGCAAAGGACCCGAUGGCGGUGGCAGCGGAUUUAGGAUUUGAUGAGAAUUGCAAAAAGGUUGUUGAAGAAGUGGUGAAAGCCUUUGGAAGGAUUGACAUUCUCGUCAACAAUGCAGCUGAGCAGUACAAAGCAAGCUCGGUCGAGGAGAUCAACGAAGAAAGGCUAGAGAGAGUCUUCAGGACGAACAUUUUCUCUUACUUCUUCGUAACCAGGCAUGCUUUGAAGCAUAUGAAGGAGGGAAGCUCGAUAAUCAAUACAACAUCAGUCAAUGCUUACAAAGGAAACGCCAAGCUCCUUGACUACACAUCUACCAAAGGAGCGAUUGUGGCAUUCACCAGAGGACUUGCUCUCCAACUUGUGGAAAGAGGAAUACGUGUGAACGGAGUGGCACCGGGACCGAUCUGGACACCUUUAAUUCCUGCAUCUUUCGACGAAGAGGAGACUGCGAGUUUUGGAUCCCAAGUGCCCAUGAAGAGAGCUGGGCAGCCCUUCGAAGUUGCACCCUGCUUUGUGUUCCUUGCUUGUAACCAUUGCUCAUCUUACAUAACUGGGCAGGUCUUCCACCCCAAUGGUGGAGUUGUAGUGAAUGGCUAAUUGUGUUCUCAUCAAGCUUUGGCAGUGUUUUGUUGCGGGCUUUCUAGGUUCUGUGUGAGGAACUAGAGUCUUUUUUUGCACAUUUUAACUGUGUUUCUGCUAUUAUCAUAUGGAAUGCCCCUGUAUGUGGCAACCCUAGUUUUUUGUAUGUGUGCCAUGCAAGCCCAACUUGGAAGAAUAAAAUGGCAUGCCUUAAAUGUAGUUUUGCACCUUUCUCUUGUUGCUUGGUUUAUCUGAAACUAUGUAUACGAAAUUACAAUUACUAUCUCAAA